AUGGGCAUUGAUGCAGGCUUCGACAUGGUUCCUCGCCUUUCGCGAGACGUCGCUGAUAAACUGGUCUGGAGUCGCUUCAUCGACCUCAUUAAAAUGUGCUACUUUGAAGAUGACCAACUCGAGAUUAAGUCCAACUAUAUCCUCUUCAAAGCAGGCGAACACCCAAUGCUGCCUCUUGAGGGCCACAAGUUCCUUCGUUUUAGCGCCAAGAUCUCUGGUCAAAUUGCGAUAGAGUCUCGCGUCGAGGCUUAUAUCAAGGGUGUUGCACGUCUCGCAAAAGACAGGUUUGGCUCUCGAAUUCAAUUCUGGAGUGAGGCUUUCGACGAGUGGGGCUAUUACGAUUGGAAUGAGGUCAACGAAUCGCUCAGAUCCUACGAGAAGCCGGAUGGGAGCGAGAUUCCCAUGAGCAUCGCUGAUUGUCCCGUAGGCGAUGAUCCGGAGAGAGAGCGCAAUUUACCCCUGUUCGAAGUCAAGGACAUUCCUGGAAAGGGAAAAGGGCUGUUCGCCCGUAUCGAAAUAUCUAAAGGCACUCGGAUUCUCUAUGAGAAGCCGCUUCUCACAGUGGAAUCCAUGUCACCUCUGGUAUCGGAGCCAAUCCUAGCUAGAAAGUUCAAAACCAUGGCCAAGAUUGAGCAACGACAAAUCCUCUCUCUUCACAAUAACUUCCCAGGCAAAUAUACCCUCACCAGCAUAUUCAAGACGAAUGCUCUGCCUUGUGGGCCAGGUUCUUCCACGAGCGGAGUGUACGCUUCGAUCUGUCUCAUCAACCAUAGCUGCCUUCCAAACUCUCAUCACAACUGGAACGACAAUGAGAAACACGAGACCAUCCACGCAAUCAGACCAAUCAAGGCCGGCGAAGAAAUCACGAUCCAGUAUGACCAUGGAGGUCCAUCGAAAGUCCGACGAGCCUUCCUCAGAAAGAAUUAUGGUUUCGAAUGCGACUGCAAGACAUGCACACUACCCCCUGCUGAGCUUCAGGCCAGCGACGAUCGCCGCGUUCUAUUUCGGCAGCUAGAUAGUGCUAUUUGCGAUCUUUUCCGCCAAAGGACCAAGCCGGCGCAGAGUCUCAGAGACUGUCACACUCUACUUCAAGCUGUGGACAAGGAAUUCGAUGGGCACGGUGACGCGCGUAGCUGCAGUCUCUAUUACGACGCUUUUCAGAUCUGUAUCGCUCAUGGAGAUCAGGCUCGGGCGAGUAGGUUUGCAGAGAAAGCGUACAAGGCAAGGGUCUGUUGUGAUGGUGAGGACAGUUCCGCAACUCGGUGGGUGAAAUGGCUUUCGUUGAAGCCAACUGACCACAUGAGUUAUGGCUUAUACUCUACAAAAUGGAUCACAGAGAAGAGCAUGGUCCCGAAGGAUCUCAAUGAGGCGCAAUUUGUGGCGUGGCUAUUCAGAGAAGAAUGA